AUGUCUAGUCCCAUGACCCAGCGGACGGCACUUGGCCAAAAUGCGACAAUCGGUGCAUUGUAUGAUGCUCGGAGAGAUGAGUUUCUUCCUAGAACGUUAUUCAACAGCUCAUUACCAGACGAUGCUGUACUUAUGGGAGGUGCCACUAAGACCACUGUUCACCUCAGUAAUAUGGAUACCUACAAGGAGAAGUUUGACGACUUAGGGAUCACUUCUGAGUUAGCUGCUAGCAUUUUGUCCGGAAUCGUCGUUGUCGGAGGCUCUGGUCAUUAUUUGACCGAACAGCGCAUGAGCAACAACACCCUGCAAGCUGCCAUCAACUUCAAGGUCUCAACUGUUCACGAGAAGCUUAACCUAAUGAGUCCAAGCCUAAGGACAAACUUAGCCAUUACAUCUGUCUCAAACAAUGAAGCUACUCACGUGGUCACGGAGAUCGAGUAUGGCGCUCAAAGCUUUAUAACUGCCCAGUGUCAAUCACCCGACGGCCGAAAUGAUGGGCAGCUACAAGCACAAUUCCGAGCUGAUGUUGAUGCCUUUAAACAGCAACUUGAAGCUUCAUUCAUACACGCGAAUGGAACCCCUCGUUCAUACCCAGGAUCACGGCUUCCGCUCACUAUCAGCGCGUACGCAGACAUGUUAUCAGACAACGGUAUCGCUAUCCAGGACUUUGAAGAAGCAUCCAGGUUCCUCGGUCUAAUACCUGACCAUAUCAAGCAACAAAACAAUGGGAAGGGCCACCCCAUAAUCUACACUCUGGUUCCAAUUGCAAUGUUGCCCUUGUUUCUUCCAAUCACCGUUAAUUCAGGAUCUAAUUAUCCGCCACCCAGUGUUGACUGUCUUCAGCAAUUUGUUACUCUCUUUGAUCAACUGGCGGAGUCUCAGCGCAGGAUGAACGACUACGAAUCAUACGUCGCUCGAAACAAGCUCUACCUUCCAGAAGCUCAUGUACGGCUGGUUUCUGACCGCAUUGCUAGUUUUCUUGCUGCGCAAACCAAGCUAAGGUCGGAUUACGCUAGGGUCCUCCAGAACGUUAGAAGCGGACUCGAUGAACCCGCACGCUUGUGGGACUUACUCAAGUCAUCCGAUAUGGAAGACUGUAAGCCUCAAAGUGUGAAAGACCUGGUCGAAACGCAUCGACAAAAGGUGGAUUUUAUUACUGAAAUGGUUCUGGCAGGUGCUACAUACAUUGGCUACAAUCACCUCGAUGAGAAAAUCGAAAUUUCCCGCUAUCACAAGGAUGAUGUUUAUAUUUUUUCGUUCAACGAGACAUCGAUGAAAGAUCCAAAAAUAUUGGAUGGCAACAAGCAGCUUUUGCUCGAAAUACUUCAAGAUCACAGUCACAGAUCAUAUGUUGCUAUCGUUGACUACGAUGCUAAGGGCAAGAGUCUAGAAGCGUGCCGCACAUCUCAGUAUCGAGACGGUAAAGAGGUCACGGGAGAUAUGUUGGAGCAUAGACUCUUUAUGGCCGAAAAGUCCUUCGCCCGGUAUUCUCAAAAAUCGCUCGAUACCAAAGUUGUCCAGAAGCCGCUUCAGCGUCGUUUUGUCAAGAUCGCGUGUCCUGGCAAUAACUGCAAUGCCAAUGAAGUUCUUGACUGGAUCUGCUUUCAGUGCCAUGCUCCAGUCGAAUUUGGGUUUUCUGAUGCCUAUAUGUAUUGCGAUUGUGGUAGGAGUCUUUUCACUAGCUAUGACUUUCGUUGCAGUGGUGCAAAGCACGGCGAACAGUAUGUUAGGUAUGAGAAGGAUGUACUUCAAGUUAUGCUCAAAUCUCUCACUUCGGACGACAAUCUCAACAUACUGAUAUUGGGAGAGACCGGAGUAGGGAAAUCGACAUUUAUCAACGCAUUCGUCAAUUAUUUGUCUUACGAGACGCUGCCAGACGCCAUGAAGGCUGAUGGUCUGAAUUGGGUCAUUCCUUGUUCUUUCUCGACCCAGAAAAUGGAUAGGAAUGACCCUAAUAGUAAAAUUGAACAAAUAAAAGUGAAGGUUGGAUCUAGAGAUGACGAGCAAGAUGGCGCCAAGGGUGCUUCGGCCACUCAGCAGACUACCGUUUAUCCAGUGACUAUCGGCACGCGAACAAUUCGUCUAAUUGAUACACCAGGUAUUGGCGACACACGGGGUCUGGAAUACGAUCAAAAGAAUAUGGCUGAUAUUCUCAACACUUUGAGCAGCUACGAGGAGCUUCAUGGUAUAUUGAUACUGCUUAAGUCCAACAACGCUCGUUUGACCACCAUGUUUAGCUUCUGUGUUACUGAGCUACUGACUCACCUACAUCGCGAUUCAGCAAGAAACAUGGCUUUUGGCUUCACCAACACUCGAAUCUCCAAUUAUACUCCUGGUGAUACGUUUGGAUCGCUCGAAACUUUACUGGGGAGACAUCCUAACGUUGGCUUGGAGCUUACUAUGAGCACCACUUACUGUUUCGACUCUGAGAGCUUUCGGUACUUGGCUGCUUACAAAAAUGGUGUGUUCAUGGAAAAUGAAGAGGAUUUCAAGCGCUCUUGGGAACAUUCUCGAGCAGAAGCAACGCGCUUACUCGAGCAUUUUGAAUCUCACCCUCCUCACCUAGUCAAGAGCACAAUCAGCUUGAAUAGCACAAGAGAGCUGAUCUCUCAGAUGACCGUGCCGAUGGCAGAAAUCUCUCAGCUAAUUAACACGAACAUAUCUCUGGUUCAAGAUCACAAGAAAGCCCUUGGAGAUGAACGUCUCAAAGGGGAUGCUCUUCGGAAGCGCCUCCAAAUCCAGAAAGUCCAAUUCGUCACGCAUAUACUUGAUCAACCGAGAACCGUCUGCACUGAGGCCGCUUGCACCGAAUGUAGAGACGACGGUAAUCAGGAAUCAAAGAACCUCACAAUCUACAAAACCCACUGUCACGCACCUUGUUAUCUCGAAAACGUCAAGUGCGAUACAAAGGCAGAUCCAGGGCUAGUUGAUUGUGCGGCUUUCUCUAAUGGUUACUGCAAUGGUUGCGGCCAUAAUUGGCAACAACACAUGCACGUGUUGUACGAGCUUCACGAGCAAACUGGCAUUGUCAAGGAUCUUGAGAUUGAGAAACAAUUGAAUGAUCAUGCCGACGAUUUGACUAUCAGACAAGCUGCGACAUACAAGGCAGAAAAGUUGAUCAACGAGUAUGAAGGCGAGCAUGCACAGAUUCAAAAAGCAGCAGCUCAGUUUGGGCUCUUCCUCAAAAAGUACUCUAUCACGCCAUAUAAUGAUGCGACCCUCGACUACCUAGAUGUUCUCAUCAAGGAAGAAAAUGGCAAAGUUCAAGCUGGAGGCAACACACGGAAGCUCGACACCUUAAAGAAAGAUCGUGCCAAGCAUGUCGAAAUCAUCAAAGUAUUGACCGAGAGCAUGAAAUCGGACCCCAAUUGCCGUUUGUUGGAUGAGCACGGAGUCAAUCAACUCGUGACAGAUCUCUACAGUCUGCCACAUUUUGGUCGGAAUCUCAAGAGUGUUAAGCGCAGUAUCACUGCCGCUCAUGAAGCAACGUAUCGCGAACGGCCUUAUCGCGUCAAGGGUUCUCGCGGACAUAUGCGAACUUCAAAUCACCGACACCAAGGUCAUCAUGCCCGUCCGCUCGCCUUACCUUCUAGGCCCAAUAUUUCGGCUCAUGCUCAGGGCGCGAAAUCGUCAAUGCAGGAUAUGUUCAGUGGAAUGAAUCGUAUUAUUACUCGACCGACGAAAAAUUUCAAUGCCCCUCUUCGCUCGGGGAGUGUUUCUACGGCUGGCUCAUAUGUGCAAAGAAUGUUUAAUAAGAACGCGUAA